GAUGUGUGUGCGCAGCGGAUGUUCCCAUUAACCGGGCCACAGACGUUUUCACAACAGGAUAACAGCUGACUAUUUCGGGAGAAGGAAUAAAGAGUUGUAUUCUAAGGGGGAAACCGUUAUUUUGAGCUGAUUGGUCUCGGUUUUGCCAGUGCUGGUUUGACGGGUUUCGUGUGGAGAAGCCAACAGCUCUGUUGCCAUGAAAACGAGGUCUCUUCACCCACAUGCUGAGAGUAAAUCAUAAACAGGAACGUGACAUUCAAGGUGGAGGCGGCGUUGUCCUGGUUGAGAACCAGGGUGAUGGAGAGCGACUGCCGGAUCCCUGUGCCAUGUUGUCGUCUCCGGGUCCUCGCCUUCCACGCCCUCUUCUGGGGUCUUGUAUCGCUCAGAGUAUUUGGAUCGGCUUUGCUGAAUGAAGAUAAAGCUGCAGCUACCAAAUCUGUGAUUGCCCCCUGCUGGCUGGUGGAGGAAUUUGUGGUGACGAUGGAGUGUUCACGUUGUAACGCAUUCCAGACUACACGGGCGGAGUGCGAACAGACUGGUUAUGUGGAAAAAAUCAACUGUUCAAAGUCCAAUAGAGACAUGUACAAAAGCUGUCGCUCUGCUGUGAUGGAGGAACACCUCUUCUGGAAGUUUGAGGCAGCCAUGUUGGCUCUGACAGCACUCUUCGCUGUGUUGGUGGUCAUCCGUCAGCGCUCACUUGACCGCCUCGCUUCUGAGAAAGUCCGACGCCAGAUUGAGUCCAUCUAGGACCAGAACCUGGUCUGGACUUCCUGAAUUGUAAACUGGAUUCAGUUAUUAACUGAUCCAGAAGAGCCAGAUCCCAAAAGAACUCCAAAUCCUCCAGGACGGUUUGUCUUCUUAAUAAACCUGAUGAGGAAACUUUA